AUGCCAUUUUUGAGAACCAAAGUAAUUUGUAGUGUCCAGGCUAAAAGAGACGAACUCAAAUUUAUGCACGUAUUUCCGUUGUGUUUUCUUCACGUAUUGUUUAAUGGAUAUUUAAUUAUAUUAAAGUACUUCAGCUCAUUCACUGGCAAAAAUGUGUUGUUUCUUACGAAGUGUCGGUUCACCAAAUUUGCAAAGGUGUUAUACAGAAAGUAUAACGAGAUGCCACACGAAGUGACUUCUCGACUUUACAGAGCCGAGCCAAUUGCAGAGCAAAUGAUCGGCAUCAACCAGAAGAAUGUAUUGUAUCACUUGAUGAAAGUAAUCAAAAUCAUAACAGCGGGAUGUUGUCUCGUGAUCAUUCCUCUUGCCUUUAUCACCAAAUUCACACUCUUCGGUAUUUCUUCAUCAUUUUUGUUGAUGGUAGCAAUACCAACUGUCGCUCUUCUCUAUUCACAAACAACAAAAAAGGUAGUCCCACUUACACCAAAACAACUUGGAAUGGCUUUGGAGAAAUUCACUUGUCACGAAGACAAAAGGUGGAAUUACCCUUACUUCGAAAAAACAAUUUUGAGCCAAUUUGAGUCUUCAAUAUUUAGGUCAAACAUCAUGCAAUGUUUAUCAGAAGUGUUGGCACCGUUUUUCAUCAGCUCGUUUCUCGAUAACAACAUCUUCUCCUUCGAUUCACCAGUUAUCGAAUUGGUAAUCUCAAAUUCUACAAGUUCGCGUCAAAAGCUUGUACGCAACAGUACAGUGUCACAGACCCUUUGUGGCCUUACAAAUUUCCUCAAUAUGAUUUAG